AUGUCCUCUGCCCCUCCGCCACCGAAUCCGCCGUCCUCGAACCCGGAGAAGAAGCCAGACGACGCCCCUUCGCAAUCGUCUCCCCAAAGCGAAGAUGCCACAAUGGAUACAACCCCAAUCCAACCCGAGGAGGAAACUUGGGACGACAUUCCGGAGGACAUCAUGUCGCUGACGACCGACGAUGUUCUGACAAGAAUACGGCUGAUUGACAACGACAUAAAGGUUAUGAAGUCAGAGCGAGCCCGCCUUCAGCACGAGCAAACAGUCAUGAAAGAGAAGAUCAGAGAUAACGGAGAAAAGAUAAAACAGAACAAAGUGCUGCCUUAUCUUGUUGGAAACGUCGUCGAGAUUCUCGAAGUCGAUCCAGAAAUUGAGGAGGACGGUGCAAAUCAGGACUUGGACUCUAUGCGCAAAGGGAAAUGUGCUGUCAUCAAGACCUCAACACGGCAAACGGUCUUCCUGCCUCUUAUCGGACUUGUACCCCCAGAGCAACUUAAACCCGGAGACCUCGUCGGUGUUAACAAAGACUCUUACCUAGUCUUGGAUAUGCUUCCCGCUGAAUUCGACUCUCGCGUCAAGGCCAUGGAGGUGGAUGAGAGGCCAACAGAGGCAUAUACUGAUAUCGGUGGUCUUGAGAAGCAGAUCGAGGAAUUGGUGGAGGCUAUCGUGCUGCCUAUGCAACAAGCGGAUAAAUUCAAAACACUUGGUAUCAGACCUCCCAAAGGCUGUUUGAUGUAUGGUCCUCCUGGGACUGGCAAGACGCUGCUAGCUCGAGCAUGUGCCGCUCAGACAAGCGCGUGCUACUUGAAGUUGGCUGGCCCGUCACUAGUCCAGAUGUUCAUUGGUGAUGGUGCUAAGCUCGUGCGGGACGCGUUUGCGCUAGCGAAGGAGAAGGCCCCAGCUAUCAUCUUCAUCGACGAACUUGACGCAAUAGGAACAAAACGGUUUGAUUCCGAGAAGAGUGGUGAUCGAGAAGUCCAGCGGACGAUGUUGGAACUUCUCAAUCAGCUUGAUGGUUUCAGUAGCGACGAGCGGAUAAAGGUCAUCGCCGCAACGAAUCGAAUUGAUAUCCUUGACCCCGCAUUGCUGCGAUCUGGUCGACUGGACCGAAAGAUCGAAUUCCCACUGCCCAAUGAAACCGCGCGCGCCCGUAUAUUAGAGAUCCAUUCCCGCAAGAUGUCGACCUCGAGUGAUGUCAACUUCGAAGAACUGGCGCGAAGUACAGACGAAUUCAACGGUGCUCAGCUGAAGGCAGUCUGUGUCGAGGCAGGUAUGAUUGCUCUGAGAGAGGGCGCAUCGAAACUUGGGCAUGAACAUUUCUUGAGUGGAAUCUCUGAGGUGCAAAGUAAGAAGAAGAAUGAUUUAGUUUACUUUGCGUAG